AUGCCCUCCACCAAGUUUUCAGGCAUUUGUAAAGAGCCUUGUGUCACAGAAAGCUCUGUCAACUCCAGCCCUAUUCUUUCGUCUCAGGAUGAGAGGCAGCUUGCGACAUCAUCUUCAGAUUCUAUCAAACUCGAGUGCCAAAUUUCUUCGUCGCCACCAUACCAUGUCUUCUCUCGAUCUCGCAAACUGCAGAUGGUCUGCAUUGUUUCUCUCGCUGCCAUCUUCUCCCCCCUAUCAUCCAAUAUCUACUUUCCUGCCCUUGGGCUUAUAUCAAAGCAAUUAAAUGUCUCCAUGUUUUUGACUACUUUGACGGUCACCGUUUAUAUGAUUGUUCAAGGAAUCGCACCUAGCUUCUGGGGCUCCUUCUCCGAUGUCGUCGGCCGGCGUGUGAUCUUCGUCGGAACUUUCGCUGUCUACAUUAUUUCGAAUAUCGCGCUCGGGGUUUCAACCAACUAUGGAGAGCUUAUGGCCUUUCGUGCCUUGCAAGCCGCCGGCAGUGCUGCCACUAUCUCAAUUGGCGCUGGUGUAAUUGGAGAUAUUACUACAUCAGCCGAGAGAGGAAGUCUGGUCGGAAUCUUUGGUGGAGUUCGUAUGCUUGGUCAGGGUAUUGGUCCCGUAUUCGGCGGCAUUCUGUCUGAGUACUUGGGUUUUAGAUCCAUCUUUUGGUUCCUUACCAUUCUAUCGGGACUCAGUCUACUCUCCAUUCUCUUCUUCCUCCCCGAGACCCUCCGUUCCGUGGCCGGAAAUGGCACAGUCCCUCUCCGCGGUGUCUACAAACCUUGGAUCUAUUGUAUCACUGGUCAGGAGCAUGCCAAGGAGGACGCCGUACCAUCUACAGAAAAAAAGAGAAUUACCAUCAAAACGGUGUUUGCUCCCCUUGGCUUUUUGGGAGAGAAGGAUGUCUUUAUCACGUUGCUCUUCGGUGCGAUGGUGUACACAGUCUGGUCAAUGGUUACCUCGUCGACAUCAGACCUUUUCGAGUCCACCUAUGGUCUAAAUACUUUGGAGGUUGGUCUGACCUUCUUGGGUAAUGGCUUUGGCUGCAUGUCUGGAUCAUACACUAUCGGCUACCUGAUGGACUUCAAUCACAAGAGAACCGAGCACGAAUACUGCAUAAAACACAACUUCCCUCUCGAAACCCGCAUCACAACCAAGACCCAUCCUGAUUUCCCCAUUGAAUACGCACGCAUGCGCAACACUUGGUGGAUCACAGCUCUCUUUAUCGCGUGCACCGCUGUGUACGGAGUCUCUCUUCGGACACAUAUUGCUGUUCCAGUCAUUCUUCAAUACAUCAUCGCUUACUGUGCCACCGCCAUCUUCACUAUCAACAGCGCCCUUGUCAUUGAUCUCUACCCAGGAGCUAGUGCUAGUGCGACUGCGGUCAACAACCUGAUGCGAUGCUUGAUCGGUGCGGCCGGUGUCGCUGCCGCCCAGCCCAUGAUCGACACCCUUACAGCUAAAUGGACCUUCCUACUGCUCGCUGGUAUCAUACUUUCCAUGGCUCCUUUGCUAAUGAUCGAGAUGCGAUGGGGCGCUGGAUGGCGACUCGAGCGCACAGAACGCCUGAAAAGAAAAAACGAACUUGCCUAA